UCCUUUCCACUUACGCCGGGCUACAAGCCGCUAGCAUUCAAGAUGUCGGCGGUGUCUGUGUUCCCCAUGUGUGUCCAGGCGAGCCGGGGCCUCCUCAGGCUCAGGAGCGGAGCCGGGGCCACCGCGGCGCUGGAGGCGGUCAGGACGCUCUCCACUCAGAAGGGGGACAGCGGUGCCACAGGCGGACUGGCCCAGGCCAUUCUCCAGGAGAGACUUCAGCAGCAGCAGAGGAGUCAGGGCCAGCCUCCUCCUGAGGGGGAGGAGAGUUCUGAGCAGAGGGGAGAUGAGCAAGGCGAGGACAGGAAGCAGAAAGAAAACACAGCAUAUGCUAAGAAGGUGGUCCUUCGCUUAGCAGGACUUAUGGGUCUUGGCGGCGCAGUCGGUGUUGUGUACAUAUUCGGUAGCAAUUCUGUGGAUGAACAAGGAAAUAAGAUUCCAGAUGAGUUUGAUAAAGAAGUUCCAGUAGUUCAGCAGCUCAAGAGGACAUUCAGAUAUUUCAAAGAUUACCGACAGAUGAUCAUUGAACCCACAAGCCCGAAGCUUCUUCCAGACCCACUGAAGGAGCCGUACUACCAGCCUCCGUACACGCUGGUUCUAGAGCUUACUGAUGUUCUCCUCCAUCCAGAGUGGUCGUUGGCCACAGGCUGGCGGUUUAAGAAGAGGCCGGGUAUAGACUACCUGUUCCAGCAGCUAGCGCCUCUCUACGAGAUAGUCAUCUUCACAUCAGAAACAGGCAUGACGGCGUACCCCCUGAUUGACAGCAUAGACCCCCAGGGCUUUGUCAUGUACCGUCUUUUCCGGGAUGCCACGCGCUACAUGGAAGGGCAUCACGUGAAGGAUGUGUCCUGUCUGAACAGAGACACCUCUAAAGUGAUUGUGGUCGACUGCAAGCGGGAGGCCUUCAGCCUGCAGCCCUUCAACGGCAUGGCGUUACGCAAGUGGGAUGGCAAUUCGGAAGACCGCACACUUUAUGACUUGGCUGCAUUUCUAAAGACAAUCGCAAUGAGUGGUGUGGAGGACGUGCGUACAGUGCUGGAAAAUUACGCCCACGAGGAGGACCCCAUCGAGGCCUUCAAAAGAAGACAAGCCCAACUUGCACUGGAGGAGGAGCAGAGGCUGGCGGAGCUUUCUCUGCACAAGAAACAGGGCUUAUCUUUCAGCUCCAUCACGAGCCGCUUCUGGCCCCGCAAGCAGCAGUGAGGACUCCUCUCGCUCGCAGCCUCCAGCCGCAGUCCACUCCGGGACCUGACUAGCCAGCGGGACGGGGCUACAGUCGCUGCAGUGGACGGCGUAUCCAGGCGUGCUGGAAGGAGGGAACAGAAAGAGAGGCGGGACAUGAGGGGGGGAAUAAAAAAUAAAAAAACAUCCACAUCCAGUAUGUUUCACCGAACGGUCGUUACCAUGUUUUGGGGGGUGGGGGUUAAAAGGGGCCCUGCUCCAGAUAAACAUCCGGUACCGUCGUGAUGGAGAAGGAAGGCAUUCCUCGGACUGCACACCCAGCCGACAGCCUGCCCUCGUCUGAUCUCAUUUGUUCUGUUCGUCACUGAUUUCUGUCGUCUACACAUUGUUGCAAGAGUUGGACUGAUUUCAGCUCAUCUCUCAGCUCAUUUGUUGUUUUCUACUCAUGCAGAACUACUUUAGCAACCACGCCCUGUAUUGGAAACACUCUGAACUGACCUGAAGAUUAGGUGUCCUGUAAUAGCCUUAGUUAAAUGCUGUAUUGGAGGACUGGAGUGUGGUUGCCCAUUCUGCCUGCUGGAGAUAUUGAGUUGGGCACUACUCUUGCUGCUGGAAAGACUGGAUUUCUCCAUGUCUAAGGAUACCAAGUCUAUAUAGUUCAUAUCAAGUGAAGUCAGGUCGUGUAGUAAGAUUGACAGGGGGUCAUUCCUGUCUUGAGAUGUGCUUGUUGAUGGGUCUAUGUAUUGCAUUUGAUGUGAACCUGUUAAAUGACCUUCAAUAAAUAAAGUAUGUAUGACUUUCCAUAAA